GACCCACCAUGAGCAUUGUUUCUCUGUUUUUAGGACUCAUCUGUGGAUUGCUGUUGAUGUUUUGUUCUCACUGCCCAGGGGCAGGGAAAUGCCAGCUUAUCUGGGGAACAGAUGAACAGUUAAGCAAAGCCAUCCUGGAAAUGCUACAUAUCAAUAAGUUAUCCAUACCUCUCAGGACCAAGCCUCACCACUACAUGAAGUUAGUCUACCAUCUACGAAACCCACCAGCCUUCAACAGCGAAGGGACUCUUGUGCAGAGUUUCAGGAGCAUCCAAGAUCCAGAUUUUGGCAUUCCAGGAUGGCUGUGGUUUAAUAUUUCUUACCUGAAACCUUCCAUGAGGCUUGCAGAAUUAGUUCUUCUCAGGAAGACUCUACACCCAGAAUCGCUGACAGUAAAUGUUACCGUGCACAGCAUCUCCGUGGUCCAGGGAAAUAUCACAGAAAGUGAAGCCUUAGAUGAGAAAGUGCUGAUGUUAGAUGAGCUACCACCAUCUGGUUAUGAUGUCUUUAACAUUUCAGCCAUUUUGAAUGAGACCACCUCAGAUGUCAUAGGCUUUCAGCUACGAUUCACGGACGACAGUGGCAGCUUGGUUCUCCAUGAAGCUCUGACUAAGAGCCUGUACUGUUUGAAGAGAUGCACCCGGAGUGAGCCCUUACUGGUGGCUUAUCGCUUCCUGGUGACUGAGCUAUAUGGUGGAAGUAAACAGCAGGUCACUAGAGAAUGCCAACACUGCGCUACAGAGAGAAGGAGAAACUUGCCAGAAGAUUCCAGGCUACAACAGUGCAGCCUUCACCAACACUAUGUGAACUUUCAGACAAUGCAACUGAGUCACUGGAUUCUGGAGCCUCCUGGCUUCUUCACAAGUUUUUGCAAAGGAGAAUGCUCCGACGAAGAAUCUGGAGAGCUCUCUGAAGCACAGCGGGGUGUAAUAAAUAAAACAGAAAACAGGAUGAGUUCCCGCUGUGUGCCCCAGAAGCGAUCCUCCAUUAAUGUGAUGUACUUAUCUCAUUCAGAAGAUCUUGUGAUUGAAAGGCUGAAGGAUCUGCGAGUAGAAAGUUGUGCAUGUAAUCAGCUGUUUUGAUAAAGUCUAGGUCUCUAGUCAUCCCUAAAGAUUUGAAGUCUUUGUCACUACAGAACGGGAAUUUUAUAGAUUAUACGGCUACAUUUUUGCACCCUGAAUCUUUGAGAUGCCCUGUUCCACUGUAAAGAGCCACUUAGAUGUGUAGAUAUCACAGUCUGUACAGCAGAUGAUAACCAACAAACCAAAUAUAUCAAAGAAUGGCUUGAGACUGCAUAUAAGUUACAGCUAAAUGGUUUAACCAAGGACAUCUUCAAACUCACAAUACAACAUUGUCACUACGUCAUAUUCAGAUUACC